AACAUAAACACGCCAAGAACUAGAAGAAAACAGAGAAGCACAUGGCUACCCUCAAACUCCAGAAAAGGAGCUUAUUUUCUCCUCCCCAUAAAACCUUGUUCCACUUCUCAACCUGGUACUCUCCGCCACCAACAGCGCCUUUCCAUGAAGAUCCAAUUCUGUCAGUUAUCUCCAAUGCAAUCAAAAACUGCGAAGCAAAGCCGCUACAUAUCUCGCUCAAGAAAAUCCUCCCUUCCGUCAAUGCCCAUCACGUUAUCAGCCUCAUAAACCACAAUCCUCAUUCCCUCUCUCCACAGUUUCUUUUUUCUUUCUUCAACUUCCUCUCUUCAUGCCCCUUCUUUCGCCACACAAUUCAGUCCUAUUGCACAAUGGUCCAUUUCCUUGCUGCCCACCAAAUGCACUCGCAAGCCCAAUCUCUGCUUCAUUUCGUUGUCUCUCGCAAAGGGAAGGGCUCAGCUUCUUCACUUUUUGUUUCAAUUAUCGAAACUAAAGGUACCCACUUGUCAAAUUCCGUGUUUGAUGCUUUAAUGAAUGCAUAUACUGAUUUGGGAUUCAUAUCAGAUGCUAUUCAGUGUUUUAGAUUGGUUAGGAAGCAUAAUUUUCAAAUCCCAUUUCAUGGUUGUAAGUUCUUGCUUGAUAAAAUUAUUAAAACGAGCUUGCCUCUGGUGGCUUGGAGGUUUUAUUUGGAGAUUUUGGAUUCUGGAUAUCCUCCAAAUGUAUAUAGUUUUAAUAUUUUAAUUAAUAGAUUAUGUAAAGAAGGUAAAAUUAAGGAUGCACGUAUGAUUUUCGAUACAAUUGGAAAGUGGGGUAUGCGGCCUACAGUUGUUAGUUUUAAUAUUUUGAUCAAUGGAUAUUGCAAGUCGGGGAAUUUAGAGGAAGGUUUUAGGUUGAAGAUUGUUAUGGAGGAGAGUAGGAUUCUUCCUGAUGUUUUUACUUAUAGUGUUUUGAUUAAUGGGCUGUGUAACCAUCGUAGAUUGGAUGAUGCCUGUCGGCUGUUUGAUGAAAUGUGUAAAAGAGGGUUGGCGCCUAACGAUGUUACUUUUACCAUAUUAAUUAAUGGGCAAUGCAAGAGUGGUAGGAUUGACUUGGCAAUGGAAUUAUAUCAGCUAAUGUUGAAAAAAGGGCUGAAACCUGAUUUAGUUUUAUACAACACGCUCAUCAAUGGCCUUUGCAAGGUUGGGGAUUUCAGGGAAGCAAAAAAGCUAGUUGAAGAAGUUAAUAAGAGAGGUAUGAAGCCUGACAAGAUCACAUACACCACGCUUAUAGAUGGUUAUUGUAAGGAGGGAGAUUUAGUAUCAGCUUUAGAGAUUAGGAAGGAAAUGUUUGUAGAAGGAAUUGCGCUUGACAAUGUGGCCUUUACAGCUCUUAUUUCAGGAUUAUGUAAAGAAGGAAAGGUAAUUGAUGCAGAAAGAACAUUGAGGGAAAUGCUAAAAGCAGGUUUAAAACCAGAUGAUGCAAUUUAUACUAUGAUCAUGGAUGGAUUCUGUAAGAAGGGUGAUGUGAAGACAGGGUUUAAGUUGCUUAAAGAGAUGCAGAGUGAUGGCCAUGUACCAGGAGUUGUAACUUAUAAUGUGCUUAUGAAUGGAUAUUGCAAGCAAGGUCAAAUGAAAAAUGCGGCUGUGCUUCUAGAUGCUAUGCUCAAUUUGGGAGUAGUUCCAGACGACAUAACUUAUAACAUCUUAUUAGAAGGUCAUUGCAAACAUGGAAACCUACAAGACUUUCAUAAAAUACAGAGUGAAAAGGGUCUUGUGGCAGACUAUGCAUCUUAUAAAUCACUACUUAAUGAGUUGAGUGGAACUUCAAAACAUCAACAGAAGAGAUGAUUACUGCAGAUUUCAUGAGUGUUUGAGCUUUUAAAUUUGGUUUGCAUAGCCAACGAGGAGAAUCCAUUCUGAAAAAUGAGUUGCGAGGACUUCAUAUGGUUGUUUUUCCCCCUAUUACUGGUCAUUUACCUUGAAGUUGACUUGGAGCAAAGAAAGUACUUCCUUCUGACAAAUUUUUGUUUUUUACUUCAACUGCAACCCCAGUGAUUAGGCAAGCCUUUUACUGGUUAUCUUGUAAAAACAAAACUAAAUAUUUAUGGCUUUUCACACUUA